AUGAGAGUUACAAAUCCAUUCGAAGAUCAAUCCCUCCCCAAGAGACUUCUUCCUUGUACACUCAAUGUGUUUAUUCCCAUAGCUUUGCUACCCAUAGCUUUAAUUUGCUUAUACUUUUACCCUUUGUCUCUUACUCCAUCUCCAGCAACUCAACUUCCCUAUUCCACCUCUCUUUCUGCUUCUAAUUCUACUCAUCUUCCUUCUUUUGCAGACAAGGACAGCAAUGCUAAUGAUCACUCAUGUGACUACUUUAAUGGCAAAUGGAUCAGUGACAAGAGAGGCCCUUUGUACAAUGGUAGUACUUGUGGUAUGAUUAAAGAAGGCCAGAAUUGUAUCAUCAACGGAAGGCUCGACUCUGGCUACCUUUAUUGGAGAUGGAAACCAAGUCAUUGCCAUCUUCCAAGGUUUGAACCUAACACUUUUCUCCAACUCAUUAAGAACAAGCAUGUAGCUUUUAUUGGGGACUCUUUGGCUAGGAACCAAAUUGAGUCCCUUCUGUGCUUGCUAGCCACUGUGUCAAUGCCAAAACGUGUCCACCAUAAAGGUUCUAACAAGUGGCACUUUGCUUCUCACAAUGCAAGCUUGUCCUUCUAUUGGUCCCCUUUUCUUGUGCAAGGUGUUCAAAGACAAAGCAAAAGCAAAGGGCCACAUUAUAAUAUAAUGCAUCUGGACCAUGUUCAUGAGAAGUGGGCAAGGGAUAUGGAUCAAAUAGACAUAAUUGUGCUUUCAUUUGGGAAUUGGCUUUUGAUUCCUUCUGUUUAUUAUGAGGAUGAUCAAGUUUUAGGAUGCUUAAAUUGUCAAGGUCUUAAUUACACUGAGAUUGGUUUUUAUGGUCCAUUAAGAAAGGCUUUAAGGACUACUCUUAAUAGCAUAAUUGAGAGAAAAGUAGCUAAAGGAAAAGGGGUUUAUGUAAUUGUGAGAACAUUCUCACCUUCCCAUUUUAAAGGUGAUUGGGAUGCAGGUGGUACUUGUUCAAAGACUAAACCUUAUAGACAGAGGGAGAUGGAAAUUGGAGAAGUAGAUGCUGAGAUAAGAAAGAUUGAGAUUGAAGAAGUGAAAAGAGCUAAAGCAAAGGGAAAUAAAUUUGAGGGGUUUAGGUUGGAGGCACUUGAUGUAACCAAAUUGGCAUUUUUGAGACCAGAUGGCCAUCCUGGUGCUUAUAUGAAACCUUUCCCAUUUGUUAAUGGGCUUCCAAAACAUGUACAGAACGAUUGUGUUCAUUGGUGUUUGCCAGGGCCUAUAGACUCCUGGAAUGAAAUUUUUCUGAAGAUCAUUCAAAAAUGGGAGGAACAAUCAAGAAGUGAAGGGUGA